AGGUUCAGUUCACUCGCCACCCGCUAGGUUCCAUCAUCAUCAUUCAUCAACAGCCGCUUCGUUGCUCUCCACAGUCUCCACGCCGCCGACUCCUGCGACGCACAGACACUGGUCACCCAUGGCCGGCCGCCGCCGCCGCUGUGUGCAUCCCCGUCAAGCACGGUUGUUGCCGCUGCCUUCCCCAGGAGUGCCCUCGCCUCUGGAAUCCAACACUCUCAGGGAAGUUGCUGUUGCAGAAAGCCCCUCCAAAAAGAUUUGCCACGCCUUAAGCUCUACCCCCUCUUCGGCACCUGGCCCUGAUGUUUGGGUGGAUCUCUUGGACAGCCUGCUUCUCCAAAUAAUUGUUCUUGUUAGCUCAUUCCAUGAUCUCCUUGCUUUCAUUGGCACCUGCCGUUCUUGGCGCGCUGUGCUCUCUUCCCUCCCACCUGUAUAUACCUUUAACAUCCCACCUCUCCACCUUCGAUCAGAUGGUUGUGAUUCUCACCCCCAUCGCUGGUACAUGAGGGCAAAACUUUUAUCCGAUAUCAAUUGGCAGCUCACUGAUCCUGCGAAGCAAACCUCCUCCCUUAGUUGUUCGGCCCUCCAAGACUUUCAGGUCUACAUGCGGUAUUUGGGCUGCUCAUAUGGUUAUCUUAUCUUCUCCAAUUUGGAGCAAUGCCUCCUUGUCAAUGUGUACAGCGGUGCUACCGUGCGGCCUCCCAAGCUCAAAUUCACUGACAACCGCAAUGUCUACCAUGGAGCCCUUGUUGCUCCAAUCAACUUAUCUAAUUCAUGUCUCCUAUUUUGCUCAAGAUCAUCCAUUUUUCAGUGGAAGGUUGGAUCAGACUUUUGGUCUGAGCACCCUUUGGGUGUCGAGUGUAUUAGUCAAAUCGUGUCGUUCAAAGGUGAGAUAUUUGCUAUUGACUUACUUAGGAGGCUUCACAGAAUACAGUUGGAACCUCAGCUGAGCUUGCAGGAAGUAGCAGUUGUCUGGGACGCGGACAUGUUUCUAGGCCUGGAUAGUACACAAUGGUUGGUGGUCUGUGGUGACAUGCUUCUCAUGGUUCACUUGUCAGUAACAAUCGAUUCUCCCUGUUCUGGAUUUUCUGAGACCUUUAAUGUAUGCCGCCUCGACUUUCAAGUUGAGCCAGCUAAGUGGGUAAAAGUGGAUAAUAUGGGAGACAAUGCUCUAUUUGUUGGUACUGAUGGGAGGAGUCCAACGUUUUCUUGCCUGGGUCCCGAGAAAUGGGGCGGGAAAAGGAACUGUAUUUACAUUGCCAGCCCGCUUGCAGAUUCUAAUGAGCCUUGGGGUGUGUUCGAAGUUGGUCAGGCGGUGCGUUGUUACAAUGCAAAAAAGUAUCUGACCCGUGUACAUUCGAGCCGACUGCCAAGCCUUUGGGUGCUUCCCAGUCUUGUUUAUGGUGUUGGCCAGUGACCAAUCCACGCUUGCCUUGGAGUUUUGGCAAUUUGUGAGGAUCCAUUUCCUUUGAUGCUCCAAUAUGAUGUAUUAGUUAGUCCUGUUGCUUUGUUAUUUCUUAUUUUGGCAUUCAGUGUCCUGUACAGAUUGCAGCUAAGGUGUUGUUGAUGUUGAUCUCAAGAUAUAUCUAGGUUUCUAAACCGAGUUUUCUCACUGUGCUGCUGGACAGUAACUGAAACUAUUUGGUAUGAGACUUUGCUAUGACAGAGCCUAAAGUUCAUUGUAGAUGAUGGUCAUUUGAAGUACUUUAGCAUUGUUGUGGAAGAUGAAUAGAUUAUUGUAUUAUGGUUGGCCA